AUGGUAGGGUAUUGGCCUACCAUGGUUGUGACGGAUAACGGAGAAUUAGGUAUUUGGAUUGAAAAUCUUCAAGAAAGGGCAAGUCUGGUGCCAGCAGCCGCGGUAAUACCAGCUUUCCAAGUGCAUAAAAUGAUUGUUGUGGUUAAAAAGCUCGAACAAACGGGGGCAUUCGUAUCGCUACUUAUAAUAAUUUAUGCACCUUCUCGGAAACGAAAGUCUUUCGGUUCCGGGGGAAGUAUGGUUGCAAAGCUGAAACUUAAAGGAAUUGACGGAAGGGCACCACCAGGAGUGGAGCCUGCGGCUUAA